AUGAUGCCGCUGUCGCAGAUUGAAGUGACAGGGUGCAGGUAUUCCACUCUCAUAUCGAGUGCCUUUAUUACAGAGAUCUCGCACACGUCCCUCGAGGAAGCGUAUGCGGCAGUUAUGACCUACUUUGACGGCAUCCUGACAUCUAUGAAGCGUCACUUUAAUGUCAACGCCGAGCGUCUCCGACUGAACAGUGAGGACUCACCCGUGGUGUGCUGUCGCUCAAUGUUCCAAGGAGCAGGGCUUCCUGCCAUUGUGAACAAUGUCAUCUACUCGGAGCUGACGUCUUCACGUGGAAUGGCGCACAUUGGCGCAAUUACUGACGACCCGCUGUAUCCCCGUUCACAAAAGUUUGUCGUCCUAGUGUGGAACAGGUGUACUCACUGUCACACCUCAACAGGAUGUGGUACCUAG